AUGUUAACUCAAGCUGUCAAUUGAAACUGGAUACAUACCAUCAAGGAGAGCUGGGAACCCCUGAAUUGGAAUAGGGAAAAUGCCCAUUUGUCACCUCAAUUGAGUCAAGCUAAAGAGUCUGAUUGGAAAGGUAGAGCUCUGGAAUUGUAUGCUGUUGAUCAAAGAAUUGAAAUAGCUGAUGCAAAUUUUGUAAGAAGUUGUAUAUACACUUCUAUUGCGAACUCUACAAAACUUGUGUCGGUAAAAUUCCCGAUACUUGCUAAGAAUUGUAGCAUUCGUUGUAGUUGCUCAACGACUUGGUAUAACAACGUUGCUUGGUAUUUUCGAGAUACGAGUAACAAAUUUGUUCCCAAUUUCAGCCAGCUGUACCUUCGUCUCACGGUUGGUGGGUCCGAGCAGAGCUGCCCUAAACUCACACAAUAA